AAAAGAAAUUUACUCUUAAAUAUUUUAAAGAAUUUAGUGAGUGAAGAGUUAAGCGAAAAACUCUGCGAUGUAUUAUUUGAGGGUGAUGAUGAUAACAUUGAACCCAUUCCUAAAAAACGUAAAAUCGCUCAAAUUAUGACGACAGUAAUGCAGAAUACUGGUAGUACACCUGCAAUUAAUCAUGAAGGAGUUGAGGGCUCAAGUGAAUGUAAUGUAACCAACGAUAAAGUGAUAGAAGAACAAUUAAAAAACAAUGUAACGCACAUGGCUACUGAUAAUGGUGAAAAUGAAGCAAUUGUUCAAAUUGGGGAAGGAAAAGAAGAUUCUGCUUCAAGUGAAGAUCGUGCAUCUCUUAAAAUUCUCGACAAAUCGAGGAAAUAUAAUCAUUUUUUUAAGAUGACGCAGAUGGUUAUCAAUUUUAAGCUAAAUAGGCCAACAAAUAUUACAACUGAGGAUUGGAUACAGAGAGGAUUCGAUGGUCUUAUUGAAGAGAUACGAAAGGAAUCCAUGUCGGAUGCUGAUAAAGUGAUUCUUAGGAUUUUUGUUACUGACGAACCGACUGAAAAGGCUAUUUACAUUGGCAUGAGACCCCUGAAUACUCUUACUGCGGAUAUUAUUUUGGAAUAUAUGGAAAAGAUUCAUCAGAGCACGGAGAUGUUCCAUUCGUCGGAAAUCCUGCAAGUAAGAGCAUUUCUACUCCAUCCUCAUGAAGGAAGGGGGAGAAAUUACAAUCCAGCGGGUAUGGAUAUGGAGGAUAUUCGCCAUUUUAAAAAGAAGAGUAUGAUUGACAUUGAUAUCGGCGAAAGCUGUCUUCCAAUAGCUUUACUAAUUGAAGAUUUUCAGGACGAAGAUGAGGAAGAUCGCAGGUAA